GGCAGCGCGGCGCCACCUGUCCCGGCAGGUGAGCGUCUGGGACGCGGCUCCUUCCCCGCGCCUGCGGCUCCUCCUCCUCAUCCUCCUCCCCAGCCCGGCCGCAGGCCCGCCCGGCAGCCGCGAUGCCCUUCACCAGCACGGGCGCGGACGAUGCCUUCGACUACCUCUUCAAGAUCAUCCUGAUCGGCGACUCCAACGUGGGGAAGACGUGCGUGGUGCACCGCUUCAAGACGGGGCAGUACAGCGAGAAGCAGCAGAACACCAUCGGCGUCGACUUCACCGUGCGCUCCAUGGACAUCGACGGCAAGAGAGUGAAGAUCCAAGUGUGGGACACAGCCGGUCAAGAGCGCUUCCGGACAAUAACCCAGUCUUAUUACAGGAGUGCCCAUGGGGCCAUCCUUGCCUAUGACCUUACUAGGAGGUCCACAUUUGAAUCCAUUCCUCACUGGAUUCAUGAAAUUGAAAAGUAUGGUGCUGCAAACUUGGUCAUGAUGUUAAUUGGGAACAAAUCGGAUUCGCUGGACAAGCGCCAAGUGCUGUUUGAAGAUGCCUGCACCCUGGCAGAGAAGCACGGGCUCUUAGCUGUGCUGGAAACAUCAGCAAAAGAAGCUCAAAACAUAGAAGAGGUGUUCACAUUAAUGGCUAAGGAGCUGAUAGCCCGAAAUACCUUACAGCUUCAUGGGGAGAGCCCUCCAAACAGCUUCAGUCUUGACUCCAGGCCAGUGAUUGCCAGUCCAAGUGUGGAGAAGACCCAGUGUUCCUGUUGAAGAGAGACUUUAAGGAGAACUUGGAAAUUACCAUUCUUCUGAGGCUGUUUGAUUCAGUUUUGUUCAGUUGAUGAAAGUGUUUUAUGUGGCCUCAAGCCAUCUCUCUUGAUAUUUCUGCCUUGCAGUUUGGCUUGUGAGUAUUUUCAGUGAUCAUUGUUGCUGUUGGUAGCACAGGUUGCUUUGACAAGAGAGGACUCAGGAAGCUGCCAACCCUUGUCCUAACCAAAGAGAACUGCAAAAGUUAUUGCCUUUAAUUAUUUCCUUACAUGUCUUUCUGGCUGUGUCAGAAGAUAAAUUUGCACCAGAGUUCUGCACUGACCCUUCUAAGCUGUGUUGCUGGUUUUAAGCACUUUCUGCCAGCAGCUGUAAAAAGUCUGAUAUAUGCUUGAACAGCACUAACCUGCUCCUGCCUAAACUUUCAUUUAGGAGCUCUCCUGAGGUCAGGCAGGUAGCCACCCAUCCCAAGGAGCUUAAUAACAUUUGUGAAAGAGUAGAGGAUUUCACAUCUACCCUGAGUUCCUCAUCAGAUAAACAUGGAGACAUCUUUGGGGUGGUGUAGCAGGCAGAAUACACUUCUUCCUGGGGUGAGAAAAGCUGCCUUUCACUUGCUUUGUAAUAGACAGGAUUGCUUCCAGUACUGAUCUCCAUCCUGCUACAUGGACUUGCUGGGAGCAGAAAAGCUUCCAGUGAAAGAACCUUAUUUUCAUUCCUCCCUGCUAAACUCAUCUUGCUUUUGAUGUGCUGAUUUUAACCAAAAGCCGUUUGUAGCUUGUGUGAUGGGCCAGUGGCAGCUUGAGAGUAUCCCUGUAGGUUUUCAAGGGAGUUUUAAGGAUGGAUGCAAGCUCCUGUAAAACUCCACAAGGGGUGGGAUGGUUUAAAUUAGGUAAAAAAUAAAUUGUGUUAGAUUGGUAAGGGGUAUGGGGUGCACCAGAGAGCUGCCCUAGGUGAGUGUAUUUGCUACUGCUGUGGAGACUGAACAUGGUGGUAGCAAUGGAAGGUUUUAGACUGCUCCUCCCAAAUGCAAGCUCUGCUACUUGGGGCUCAUUUUUCUGUAUACCUGAACUGAAUGUACGGUUUGGGCUGGGUGUUUUUUUAGUGAGGGUUUUGAGGUUUUUUGUCCUGUUGUUUGCAAGUUUUUUUCCCAGUAGAUGGAAACAGGGAAGGAGAAGGAGGAAAGAAAUAUCAGAGGAAGUUUUUUUGACUGCAGUCCACAUAAGUGUAUCACCUAGUGUAUCACCUAGUUACCGUUAAGCUAUGAACUGCAACUCCACCUCUGUAAUGAUAAAACACAGUCUGCAUUACAUGCAAAGCAGCCUUGGCUGGCUGCCCCUCUUUCCCAAGUCCUUGAAAAAUACGGAAAAACAUGUAGCAAGUAACACUGGAAAAUCCUGUCUUAGAAGCACAAAAAAAUAAAGGAGAAUGAAUCAUUAAG